AUGGCAACGCUUGACCCGGAAGAAAUUGAAAAACGACUUAAAAGGGAUCGCGUUAUUAUAAUUAAACGCCCGGAACAACGACCGAAUCCGAAUAUAAGACAGUAUGAGCAAAGAAGAGAAGAGCUAAAAAAGCUCGCAGCUGAAAGGAAACACAGGAUCUAUAUGGAGAAAGACCUUCGGGACUUUCCAUACAGGAAGGAGAUUUUUUCUCCAAAUAUGAAAAAAGAUCUAGCUUGCGCGUUUUGCGAUGUCGAAGGCGAGCACUUUUCCGACUCCUGUCCGAGAUAAAUAAACGGAAACCGCAGAUGGAGUAUAAUUCGGGAAACAAGACUUUGCAAAUAUUGUCUAGCCCAAUGUGGCAAACGGGAAGACUGUGGAACGAAGAAGAAAAAAUGCUAUUAUUGUGGUCGCGUAUCUGGUACCUACUUCGAAUACCUCAUCCCUAGAGAAGGCCAUCAUACAGCAUUAUGUAAUAUUCCCGACGCUAAGGAAGAGGCCCCAAGAAAUCUGGAAGAUACCAAGAAAGAUUUAUUCGAACUUGAAGAAGAAAAAAGAUUGUGCGCAAUGAGCACGUGACCUAGUGCGCGGGAAACCGCGCUAUAUAAGGGCAGGAAUGAAAGACAUCCUCAGAUAUAUUCUCUCUAUUGUACGCGUAUUGCACUAUCGAUCGUAUAACUGCUCGUAAUCUAUUCUGCUGGCACAUAUCUUCUCCUACUUGAAGUGUAUGUUUUUAUCUUGCUAACCAUUAGAUAAAGCCUAUUAUCUAAAUGUUGGUGUUUGAGGGGACUCGAGUUAUUGUGGUCGCGUAUUAGAAAUCCGCGUGGCAGGCUUAAAUACUCGCGUAAUAAGAAUCGAGACACCCUCACCAACAGCUCGGCUGUUGGUGUUCCUAAAAAAUAUUCAUGGCUCCCAUGAGACCACAAACAAAAUGAUGGUUACUACAGCAUUGUCAGGGCUUUGGCUCAGAUGGAAAACGACUGAAACGAAACAGAAGCUCAUGCGGCUCUAUUCUUUAUUUCUAGAACCCCCGCGCAUAGCGUGACCAACCAGUUACCUGUUAAAUGCAUGAUAGCGGGUGUGAUAGUAUACACCUGGGGUGCGCCACCAUAGUGGAAAGCUUAUCCAUCAAAGAAUUAUUAGAGUGUCUGAAUGUGCUGAGACCCUAGAUCCUGUCACUUGUUAACAGGGGAACUAUUCACUGAUCUCCAUCUCUGAAAAUUUGCGCCGCAUCCCACGUGAAAUCAAAUGAACACUGAGCUUUACGGGGAAUAAAUGAAAGAGCCUUAA